GGUGGGUUUACAAGAGGGGGAGGGCUAGCAGCUCCUGCCACCUUCAUGGGAUUGUCACUCCCACACCCUCCUAAAGUGCUCUAGAUGCCCCAAUUCAGCCGUAGCAGGAGAGGGCUUCAUCCCAGGUGUUUCUUCUCACUUCCCAAUGGACUGCUGCCCAUCACUUCCCUGUUCAGGCUGGCAUGUUCCCAAAGCUGGCCGGGAUCUGCACCAGACCUCUGCAGGCAGAAGGGACCCUGCCUGGGCCCAGAGGACACAGUGGUAUGUCUCUGUGUGAAAACACAGCCCUGUCCUCAUGGCCAGGACCACACCAGCAUCCUAAAUGUGGAGUCACCUUACAGACGUUUUUGUUGGAGGGAUCUGGAAAGAUUUUGGAGCAGCAGCAGUCUGUAUGCAGGUGUUAAGAGGACAAUGGGGUUCAUUGCAGUGGAGGGAGCUCACUGGGGAGGCUUGAAGUGCUGCAUGCAGAAUUGGGUGUUGUCACAAGCUUUGGCUCUGGUUCCUGUCUCAGUAGCAGUGGAGACGUUAGCAUCUUCCUGCAGCCCUGAGAAGAACGCUGCCCGGAGCCAGCAGCUCUUCCUGCCAGACCCCAGCCCCAGGAAGAGUAGGGCUUCUGACUUGGCUUUGCCAGCCAAAAGGAAAGUCCCAGGGGAGUCUCUCAUUAACCCUGGUUUCAAAAGCAAGAAGGCACCAUCUGGAGUGAAUUUCGAGGACUCCUGAUGGGUGCUGUCCUGUGCCCUGAUGACAGCCCUAUGGACCUCUGUGUCCCAUCGAGGAGGCAUCCCUGUUGUUCCAGACCUGCUGAGCUCCUUGACCCAGGGAGACAGCAGAGGCAGCAGUACCUGGCAGCCACCCCUCAGCUGGGGUGGUGGCAGGGCCCUUGGGGGGGACAGAUGGAGCAGAGGGGACACCAGCAUUGUGUGUUUUUCUCCUGCAGCUCUUCUCUACUGGCAGGGAACAGCUCCUGACCUCACUUAACAUGAACUGGUGGAGUUUCCGAUGAAGCUUUGAUACUGUGGAAUGGAAGGAUCACCUGUGCUUUGCUUCUGGCCAGUAAAGGUGUUUUUAGCCAGCUGGUAUCUCUGGGCAUGUCUGCCCAUUCUGCCUCUCCCUUUCUCAGGAAGCCUUGGGCCUGUUUCAGCUGAACGUGAAGGUCUCAGAGAAGUUCCCUUCCCUGCCAGCUUUUUGCAAAUGGGUGUGUGGUUGUGAACCUGGCCUACCCCUCUGGAGAGCUGGGAGGGUGGCCUCUGCCUUGCUUGGGCACUGGGAGAGGAUGAGAAUGUCAAUACAAAGCCUUGUGAGGCAGGAGCUGCUGGGAUGAUCA